AUGUUCUCUAUCCGUCAGGCAACGACUCGGGACUUUCAGGAGAUCCAGCAGGCGAACUUGGCGAAUCUGCCGGAAAAUUACAGUCUAAAGUACCUGUUGUACCAUGCGAUUUCGUGGCCACAGGGGUCGUAUGUUGCCACAAUGACUUCCGGCGGUCAGGAGCGCAUUGUGGGAUAUGUGUUGACCAAGAUGGAGGACGACAACCAGGAGCUUCCCCCAAACUCGCCGCCCAGCGCGCACAUCACAUCAGUGUCGGUGAAUAGAACGUACCGUAAGCUCGGGAUCGCCGGCGCCCUGCUCAAGCAGAGCCUGAGAUCGAUGCGAGAAAGCUACGGGGCCGAGCUGGUGUCGUUGCAUGUGCGCGAAUCCAACAAGGCUGCUCUGCACCUGUACAAAAACACCCUGGGCUUUGAGGUGCUCGAAGUAUCUGCCGGAUACUAUGCGGACAACGAGGAUGCAUACUCUAUGAAAAAGGUACUCGACGAUAGUCUUAUUGACAACAUUCCCGACGACCAAGACGACCUGCUAUAG